AUGGCCACCGAAUUCCCGCCUCCCUUCCCUGCACAACCUCAGUCAGAGGGAUCCGCUUGCACCUCUGAGUACGACGCCCAGGGAGCCUCAGCCCUCUUCGAUCCAUUGAUUCAGCAAUCUGAUCCACUCCACCGCUCCCACAUAAGUCCUACUUCGCUGGGCUCCGCGAACGCUGCAACUCGAUCUUCCUCUUGGGUGGCUCCGACCCUGUCCCGAUCCAUCUCUGCCGAGUCGUCUUCUCUGGCAGGCGCCCUUCACCUCCAUAGUCUCUCCUUCGAUGCGGCCGUAAAAUGGCAAGCAGAGGCGUCUCAGAUUGCAUACCGGCCUUCAGCUGCCGAGAUUCCCGGACCCGGAGGCAAAAGUUUGGAUGAAUCCCACUCAUCUGAUCCUACGAGCAAGAAGGGGGAGGGACAAUUUUUCGCUGACAAGCCUCUUACCUCCCUCGGAAAGCCCCGCGAGCGCAUUUAUCUCGCUUGUGUCCAGUGUCGCACUCGUAAAGUACGCUGCGACGGAGCAAAACCGGAAUGCUCCAAUUGCAUCAAACGAGCAGACCCUGUGGCAAGACACUGUUCGUAUGAUCCCGCUCCACGAAGACGCAGGAAGGAUCGCACUCCCGGUUCACGUCAUCUCGCUCCCCUUCAGCCCAAGAAGACCCGUACGACCCGUUCCAGGGUAGAGGAAGAAGAAAGGCGCAAAAAAGCUCUCGCUGCGCAGGCCGCAAAGGCAGCCCAUUCUGAGACUCAUUCAGCACUCACACGAGCGCAGACAGCACACGCCGUUCAAAAUCUGUCCAGCAGUCGGCCGAGCCAUGCGACGCCGUCGAUCGUGCCCGAGGUGCAGCGACGCGCGAACAAUGCAGGACUGACGGAGAGGGCGUCAGCAACGUCUUACCUUGCAACAGUCCCUUCAAUCCCUCAGCCACAUCGAGCUAGUAGCGGCUCCGUCAUGCCACAAAACCCGACUGAGCCGACGUAUAUCCAUUACAAUCCGGACCCUAUCGAGCCCCGCGACCCUGUCCUCAUAUACGCACCUCCAGAGGCCUUCGAACUUGCAUGGCGAAUAGAGGAAGACCCGGACGAUUCGCAGACAUCCGUGACAGUCUGGACGCCGCCAGGAGUGCGAUUUACUCGAGAGACCUGGUGGGACGCCCUCCUCGCUCACUAUACCGACGUACCAAUAGGACGCUCUAUGACUGCUGAUAACUCGCUACACUGGUUUGCCUUUGUGAAUAUCCCUCGAUUCUUUGCGAGCCUUUGCGCCCAUAUCACCGACAAGCCGUGCAACCGAGUCUCAUUUACGGGCGCGAAAGGCCGAGAGAAGGCGUUGCAACUUGUGGAUCAAGCGCAUGCGAUGUUCGACGCGAGUUUGAGCUCAGGUUGGAUUGACGUCGGGCUGGUGCAAGCUGCAUGGCUGCUUGCAAUGUUCGAGAUCCAAGCCCACCCAAGAGCGGCUACACCCCGUACUCGCUCUGCUUUCAAGACGCUCGAUUCCCUGAUACGAAGUCUCUCGCUCACCACACUUGACAUAGCCGACCCUCGUACCUCCACGUUUGCGCGGGGUCAGGUCCCAGUUGUCAUCGCCACUGCUACCCUUCCAAUCUCCGUCAACCCACUACCCAUGGCUCUCGACAAUAGGGCACCUGCCCUUGCCCCUCCUGCUGUGUACCACUCCCAACAAGGGUUUAUCCCGGGCUAUUCUCAUGCGCACUCCCAGAUGCUCCCUGCCGACGGCUCGCAAUGGCAAUGCGGAUGUUCCUCCUACUGCCUUGGUAGCAACUGGCCCCAGUCGGUCGAAUUAGCCCCCGCCUGGACCUGCAUGCCCAUGUGGCCAGAUAGGGCGAGCGAGGGGGAGGUACAGAAGGAGGAGUGCAGGCGGAUAGUGUGGUCGACUGUCAUGCUCACGGCGAGCCACAGCACGAAGACAACGGCGGGAACGGAUAGGGAGCCGCAACAUUUGUGGAUCAAGGAUCCGGCUAAUUAUGCACUGCUGUUCCCUGGGGAGAGCCUGGUUCCCAUGGCCAUGAACACGAUACCGUUUUCGAAGGAGUCGGUGUGGGCACUGUAUAUGCGGGUGCUGUUCCUCUGGCACAGCGCUCUUCGCCAGCGCGGGGACUCGACAUCGUCAGAUGCAGACCGGGCGGCGUACGCGAUGGGGGCGUGGCUUGAGCUUGAUAACGUCGAAGCGUGCCUGGAUAGACACUCAUGUGGGAUACAGUCUGGAUUCAUGAUGCAGAUGCGUGAAGUCCUCUUUAAUACGAGGAUGGUCAUCUCUAACGAAUUCAGGCGGUAUAUAUCUGAAGCGACGACUGUCGACGGGUCGCUCUUCUACCGGGAGAAAGCGGAACGCUGGAUGAAGUAUAUGCUUGGAUCCGCACAGCAGUUCUCGCAGUCAUUCAAAAGCCCGGGUACCCAGCCAAACAGCAAUAGUCGACGGUGCUUCCUGAUGUACUGGUUCAUGUCUCAGAUCAUGCGAGGUCUGUCGCUCUGGUAUGCGGACCGGACAUUGUUCAUCGCCUUGGAGGUCGCGAAAGCAUUCGCGCCGUGUGUCGAGUUCAUGAUGAUGAUCUGGCCUUCCCCAAGUGAGGUCACUGCCUUCGGUUUCCUUUGUACCUUCGGUGUUGAUAUGCGCGGGAAAUCAUAA